AUGCCGGUUCAGUUUGCUAAACAGCAGUACUAUGAAAAACGUAUUACUAAGUCUUACAUCAUCCCGCAAGAUCCCCUCUUUACAGAACAGUGGAACCUUUUAAACACUGGGCAGGUAGGAAGUGAAUAUGACGGACAUAAUUUGAACAUUGAACCAGCCUGGCUGCAAGGGAUCACUGGAUGCAAUGUGACUGUGUCAAUUGUGGACGACGGGCUUGACUAUCGUCAUCUCGACAUUUGGCCAAACUUUGCUCCUAGUGCGACAUAUGACUAUGCCGAUGAUGACUUUGAUCCCCUCUUCUAUCGCGUGUCUCACGGAACUAGCUGUGGCGGAGUAGUUGGAGGAGCACACAAUAACCUCUUUUGUGGCACAGGAAUUGCAUAUGAAUCCAACAUCGGAGGUUUAAGGCUCCUCCCGUUAUCUGGAGAAGCCAUGGACAUGCAGGAAGCAAAUGCUCUGUCGCACGCAAUGGACAUUGUUGACAUUUACAGUAGCAGUUGGGGUCGGAGUGACAAGGGAACCGUAGUCGAGGGGCCAAGAACUAUGGGACAGAUUGCCCUUAAAAUGGAACAAGCAGACUAUUUCCCGCAGGGACGAAACGGAAAAGGGUCCAUUUAUGUCUGGGCGAAUGGCAAUGGAGGUUUUCUUGACACCUGCGCCACCGACGGAUUUGCAUCCAGUAUUUACACCAUCUCUGUUGGAGCUAUUAGUGCUACAGGCUUGCCUAGUUUCUUUGAUGUAGAGUGCCCUGCAAAGCUGGUUACUGCCUAUGUGACUGACCAAGAAGACGACGUGGACAUAAGAACAACAGUGACUGGUGGAAAAUGUAGAGCUGCUUUUGGUGGAACCAGUGCAGCAACUCCAAUGGUGUCAGGAUCCAUUGCUCUAGCCCUUGAGGCAAAAUACAGUUUCGUAGUAAAACAUGGUUUACUUCCUCAAUUAUCCACCAGCCCAAGUCUGACAUGGAGAGAUGUCCAGUACCUGAUAGCGUACACAGCUAAUCCUCAGCUGACAAACGGUACUGAUACAGAUAUAAAUGGAGCUGGUCUGGCAGUGAGUCAUCAGUAUGGGUUUGGAGUGAUGGAUGCUGAGGCCAUGGUCACCAGAGCUAGACACUGGAUCCAUGUACCUCCUCAGAUGCAAGAUAAUGUUAACACAGUAUCUCAGUCAGUAGCUAACCCUGAUUAA